CGGGUGUGGGACUCCGGCCACGGGAGCGCCACCAUGGCUCUGGUGUCGGCUGACUCGCGCAUUGCGGAGCUCCUGGGGGAGCUGCACCAGCUCAUCAAACAGACGCAGGAGGAGCGAUCGCGGAGCGAGCACAACCUAGUCAACAUCCAGAAAACACAUGAGCGGAUGCAGACAGAGAACAAGAUCUCCCCCUAUUACCGGACCAAGCUUCGCGGACUCUACACGACUGCCAAAGCUGACGCGGAGGCUGAGUGCAACAUCCUACGCAAGGCGCUGGACAAGAUUGCGGAGAUCAAAUCCCUUCUGGAGGAGCGGCGCAUUGCUGCCAAGAUUGCUGGGCUCUACAACGACUCAGAGCCGCCCCGCAAGACCAUGCGCCGCGGCGUCCUCAUGACCCUCCUCCAGCAGUCGGCCAUGACGCUGCCCCUGUGGAUCGGCAAGCCCGGGGACAGGCCGCCCCCGCUCUGCGGCGCUAUCCCCGCUGCCAGUGAUUACGUGGCCAAGCCGGGGGACAAGGUGGCAGCUCGCGUCAAGGCUGUGGACGGGGACGAGCAAUGGAUCUUGGCCGAGGUGGUGAGCUACAGCCAUGCCACCAACAAGUACGAGGUGGAUGAUAUCGAUGAAGAAGGCAAAGAGCGUCACACCCUGAGCCGCCGCCGCAUCAUCCCGUUGCCCCAGUGGAAGGCGAACCCUGAGACAGACCCCGAGGCGCUGUUCCAGAAGGACCAGCUGGUGCUGGCGCUGUAUCCCCAGACCACCUGCUUCUACCGGGCCCUGAUCCACGCCCCACCCCAGCGGCCCCAGGACGACUACUCGGUGCUCUUCGAGGACACGUCCUACGCGGACGGCUACUCCCCGCCCCUCAACGUGGCCCAGAGAUACGUGGUGGCCUGUAAGGAGACCAAGAAGAAGUGAGGGGGUGGGGAGCUCGGGGGCGCCCUGUUUCAACAAUCCCAGCUGCAAUGACACAUCCUGCUCUUUGAACGGCACAGAAAGCCCCGGCACACAAAGAAAUGAACGGAGCUGAUGUUUCACAGUGAUUCACCGGAUUAUAAAACAGCCCCAACACUAGGACAAUCAUCCCAAGACAGUAUUGUAUUGUGCAUAAGCGGAGUCAAUGUCACGUAGAAACAGAAGUUUCAGUAAAUAUUAAUUUAAAUUGAAAGACAAACUUUACCAUACGAAAUCCUAUGGGAGGGGCUGAUUUUAUAAAGAACAUUAGAAAAAAGCACUUGUCAGCAGUAGUUGGAAAGUUGUCGGGUCAUUUUCAAGUAGAGACCCCAAAGCUCUGCAACUCUGUCCCUGAACUUACUACUCCGACCACCUGAAAAGGAGCAGGGUGCGGGGGCUUAGCUAC